AUGAUACUUUUUGACUGUCUCAAUGUUUGGUUGUUUAUGCUGAUUGUUAGACAAAUAACAGGUAUUUCGUACAAUCAACCAAAACUUUGUGCAAAUGCAACGUGGAACCAGACCGCUACAACUUUCGCCACAAGCACCUUGGUCGGCACACAUCCUCUGGGUAUUUUCGUCGAUACAAACAAUACUGUCUAUGUAGCUGAUAAUACGGAUGACAGGAUUCUAAUAUGGUUUAAUGGAAGUACUACACUUACUGGAAAUAUUUCAAGUGGUUUAAACACACCUAAUCCUCUCUUCGUCACGGAUAAUGGUGAUCUUUAUGUUGGUAAUGCCUACUCAAAUUAUCGAAUUGACAAAUGGGCAUGGAAUAUGACAGGUAGUGUUCCAGCAAUGUAUACAUGUUCACAAUGCUAUGGUAUUUUUGUGGAUAUUAACAAUAUGCUUUACUGCUCAUUGUAUUCUUAUCAUCAAGUUAUCUACAAAUCAUUGAAUCAAAAUUUAAAUGUUUGGAGUAAUGUCGCGGGUGUAAGUGGUGCAGCUGGGUCAACAUCGACUACACUUAAUGGUCCCGUGGGGAUCUUUGUCGAUAUAUACUUGAACUUGUAUGUGGCUGAUUUUGCAAACAAUCGGAUUCAAAAAUUUGCAUCAGGACAAUUGAAUGCAGUAACAAUACCAACAGGAGCCAUCACACUCUAUCGUCCAACUGGAGUUAUACUUGAUGGUGAUGGAUAUGUUUUUAUUGUUGACAAUGGCAAUAGUCGUAUUAUUGGUUCAGGACCUAACGGUUUUCGAUGUGUAAUGGCAUGUUCCGGAUCUGGUUCAUCAUCCAGUCAAUUAUCUUAUCCACAAAGUAUUAAUUUUGACAGUUACGGAAAUAUAUUCGUCACUGAUCAGUAUAAUAAUAGAAUUCAAAAAAUUCUUUUAUCAUCAAACGUCUGUAAUACAACCACAACAGCAACUACAGCUGCUGUUGUUAUAUCAUUCAAUCAACCAAAAUUUGGUGCCUAUGCUACUUGGAAUAGUAAUGGAAUUACUUUUGCAACUAAUAGCACAGUUGGCACAAGUCCAUAUGGAAUAUUCAUAGACACUAACAAUACGGUUUAUGUAGCCAAUCGGGCAAACAAUCAAAUUCAAGUAUGGUUAUCAGGAAGUAGUAUACCUACAAGAAAUAUUACCAGUGGUAUUACUUCUCCAUAUAGUAUCUUUGCUACAAUCAUUGGUGAUAUUUAUGUCGAUAAUGGAUAUACAAAUAAUCGAGUCGAUAAGUGGGCAUCAAACCGAAAUAUAAGUAAUUCCGUAAUGCAGGUUCAGGAUGCAUGCUAUGAUCUCUUUAUCGAUGUUAAUAAUACUCUUUACUGUUCAUUGUAUACUGAACAUCAAGUUGCUAUAAAAUCAUUGAAUGGCAAUUCAAGUAUGUGGAUUGUUGCUGCUGGUACAGAAUGUUCUGGAUCAACUUCGAAUACACUUAACAAUCCUCGUGGAAUUUUUGUUGAUACAAAUCUCAAUUUAUAUGUUGCAGAUUGUGGAAACGAUCGGGUGCAAUUAUUUCUAUUUGGACAAGUAACAGCAAUGACAGUAGCAGGAAGUACAGCUACUGGAACUAUCUCACUUAAUUGUCCUAGUGAUGUUGCACUUGAUGGUGAUGGAUAUAUUUUUAUUGUAGACAGUGGUAAUAAUCGUAUUAUUGGUUCAGGACCUAAUGGCUUUCGAUGUAUAAUUGCAUGUGCGUCUACCAGUGGUUCAGCAUCCAAUCAAUUAAGUAAUCCAUCGACUUUUAGUUUUGAUAGUUAUGGAAAUAUAUAUGUUACGGAUCAAAGUAAUAAUCGAGUACAAAAGUUUAUGUCAAUACCAAAUACUACUUAUCCUCUUUCUUUUAAUCAACCAAACUUUUGUCCAUCUACAACUUGGUAUACAGAUGCUAUUACGUUUGCUGAUACCAUUAUAGCUAGUUCAAAUAUUUAUGGUGUUUUUGUCAGUAUUAAUAACACUGUUUACGUUGCCAAUCAACUCAACAAUGUAGUUUAUGUGUUUAUUGAAGGAAGUGUCAUUCCUAACAAAAACAUAACCGGUGGUUUAAAUAGUCCACGUGCUGUCUAUGCGACAUUUUAUGGUGAUGUAUACGUUGACAACGGUGCUAAUAAUGGUCAAAUCAAUAAAUGGGGAAUAAAUGCCAAUAGUAGUGUUAAUGUUAUGACAGUUAAUAACGGUGUCGAAGGGUUUUUUAUCGAUAUUAGUAAUACUCUUUAUUGUUCAAUAAGUUGGAGUCAUCAAGUUGUUAAAAAAUGGUUAAACGAUAAUGGGACUACUUUUACUGUAGUAGCUGGUACAGGUUCUUCGGGUUCAGCUGCGAAUCAGCUUAAUUUACCUUCUGGACUCUUUGUUGAUGUUCAAUUUAAUGUAUAUGUUACAGAUUGCAAAAACAAUAGAGUUCAAUUUUUUCCAUCAGGGCAAAUAAUUGGAAUAACUAAAGUUGGCAAUGGUGCAACAGGAACCAUUACACUUAACUGUCCACAUGCUAUUACUUUUGAUGCUAAUAGUUAUAUGUUCCUUAUUGACUCUAAUAAUAAUCGAAUUAUAGGAUCAGGACCAUAUGGUUUUCGUUGUUUAUUCGGUUGUACAACUAGUACUGGUUCUACAGCCAAUCAAUUAAAUUCACCGCGAACUUUUGGUUUUGAUAGUUAUGGAAAUCUUUUUGUCUCUGAUCAAGAUAAUAAUCGAGUGCAGAAGUUCAUUAUAGCAUCUAAUUCAUGCAGUUUGUCUUAUAGUCAGCCAAUAUUUUGCUCAAGUGCAUCAUGGGCUGUAAAUGCCGUAACUUUAGCUUCGAGUUCUAUUGUUGGUUUAUUACCUUAUGGUAUUUUUAUUGAUGGAAUAAAUACUGUGUAUGUAGCUAAUCGAGUUAAUAACACUAUUUUAACAUGGCCUCAAUGGAGUACUGCAUCGACAAGUAAUACCUAUAGUAAUUUGAAUAAUCCAUAUAGUCUUUUUAUGUCUAUGACUGGUGAUAUUUAUAUUGAUAAUGGUUAUUUAUAUGGUCGAGUCGAUAAAUAUACAUUUAAUACCUCAAAUCGUGCUACUGUUAUGAAUGUUAAUGGAAGUUGUUAUGGUUUAUUUAUUGAUAUAAGUAAUAAUCUUUAUUGUUCACUUAAAAAUCUUCAUCAAGUUGUUAAACUUUUACUUAAUAAUGGUACAACUAUUCCGACAAUUGCAGCCGGUAAUGGUUCUGCUGGAUCACUAUCAAAAAUGCUUAAUUCUCCUCAAGGAAUCUAUGUUGAUAGUAAUUUAAACUUAUAUAUUGCAGAUUGUGCUAACAAUCGUAUUCAAUUUGUUCAAGCUGGUCAGUUAGAUGGAGUGACAAUCGUUGGUAAUGGAUCAUCAGCAAAUAUUAUACUCAACUACCCAACUGGAAUUGUCCUUGAUGCUAAUGGUUAUCUUUUUAUUGUUGAUAGUUAUAAUCAUCGUAUUGUUGGUUCAAGUUCUACUGGCUUUCGAUGUAUAGUGGGGUGUUCUGGAGGUGGUUCAUCUGCGUCUAAAUUGUCUUUUCCACAAAGUAUGGCUUUUGAUAGCUAUGGAAAUAUAUAUGUUACUGAUCGAAAUAAUAGUCGAGUGCAACAAUUCACUCUUCAAAUCAGCAACUGCAGUAAGUUUCAAUGCCAUCCACCACCACCAGCACUACUACGAGUAGUACUACUACAAGCGACAGCAGUACUACCAGCACUACUACAACUACUACUACCAGUAGUACUACAACGAGCAGCACCACUACGACCACUACUACCAGCAGUGAAAGUACUACAAGCAGCAGUACUACUACCACGACUGCCAGCAGUACCUCAGCUAGUACUUCAAGUAGCACUGCAACGAGCAGUGACAGUAUUACAAGUAGCACGACCACGACCACCAGCAGUAGUACUUCAAGUAGCACUACCACAACCACCAGCAGUACCUCAAGUAGCACUACUACCACCACCACCACCAGUACCACUACGAGCAGUAGCAGUAGCAGUACCACAAGUAGUACUACCACUACCACUAGCAGUACCUCAAGUAGCACGACAUCCGCAACAACUUCUCAAAGAUUAA